UCGUUGUAGCUAUACAAAAGCUGAAGCCCUCUCCCCGCGCAGCACUCGUUGACUGGAUCAGGUGCAUAUAAACUUCGUGUGAAACAUCGGGAGAGACGAAGGGACCCAAGUUACUGAUGGUGCGCCCCAGAAUGGAUAUGAAGAAAACACUGGUGGAUAGAACUUGCCAAUGUCGGUAUUGUGUUAACUUAUGUAUAUAAAUGAUAAAUACUUUUUGUUCAAGCUAAAAAAAAGACCUAUUUCAAUUUUCCAAGAUUGCUUGUAACAUUAUCCUAUGGUAAUCUGAUAUCAAAUAUUUAACUUAACCAAUGCAUUGCUCUUUCUUCUGUGCUUUUUCUCAUUUGCACUUCUUGAGCACGUCGUCUAAGGAUGAGGUAAGUAUAAGCGAAUUACUGGAACUAACAUGCUUUUUGUGGUAAGUAUUUACGCUUUGUGUGAAUCGGGAGUGAGGUGUGCAAGGGGAUGAAUGUGUCAUGAUGUCCGGACUUGUCAUCAAAACUGUAGGGUAAACGUUACAAAUAUAUGAAGCAAUUCACUUAGUGGAGCUGGCAAAUGAAAGGACUUGCCUUAUGACUUUUACUAAAACAGAUCGGGGUGCUUUAUCGUUAUUUAUCAUCGACUAAUAUGCAAUAUAAAAGUCAUAAGGAAUAUCCUUUCACACCCACGCCUGAUAUUGUAGUGAACUAUUUACAUUUAGCAACAACCACUCCAACGCCACCAACGUGUGGCCCCAUGACAGAUGCCUCUCUGGACGAGGACUGCUCCAACGCGCGAUGUGUGGCCGUCAACAGCUCGUGUGUGACGACGUCAGCGGGAAGCCGCAGAUGUGCCUGUGUUAACAAGAACGUGCAGAUAUCAGCUACAGAAUGCUCAUUGGGACCAAGUGUUCUGUCAAGUACACCAAACUACGUCUUCUCCACAAAUCAAUCUAGAACGUCAGUAACUGUGGGAACAAUCAUUUUUGAUGGGCUUAGUACAUUCCCCACAAAUAACUUCUCCAUAGAAGGCGAAGUAUAUCCUGAUGAGAGGAUCCUGGACCUAAGGAGAAACUCGAGCAACAUUGAUGUGGCACUGGUCAAGGAAAUAAGCAAUGCUAAAACAUUUGUGGUGGCGUUACGUGCAACUUCCGGUGAGUUCACUGUGCAGCAGGUUGUGACCGUCAGGAUCACAUCCUCCUCUUUCACACCAGAAAACGUCACAGUUAUGUUGGUGGAGGGAACCAGGAAAGGCACGCUGAUAGCUGACGUGAGGACUAUUGGUAGUUUGGGAGGGUACAGCAACUUCGAAAUGGAGACCACAGAUCAGACAGCAAGGGCCCUGUUCAAUGUGACCACAUCGGGGCAGGUUCUUUGUGGACAAGAUAUAUUUUUGAGUGACUUUACCAAUAACGACACAGUAGCUAAAGAAUAUAUAUUCAGUAUCAAAGCGAAAAAGGGAGGACAGAGAGAAACAACUGCAACCUUUUACAUCUUGUUAUUCAAGAGUACUUUUACAACAACGUUAAGAGAAAAUUGGAAAGGCAAUAUCUUGAGCUAUACUAUAACAAGCUCUAAGUUCCAGGUCGCUAUUAAUGACACGCUCCCAGAUAGACUAAAAUUCUCAAAGGACUUGAUGAUAAUUAGUUUGGUAGAAGAAAUUGACUACGAUGCUGGUAUCACAAGUAUACAUUUUAAACUUGAUCUUGUCACGACGACCAAGUCAACUACAGUAGAUGUCCACAUAAACAUUGAAGACCAAAAUGACGAAAGCCCCAAAUUUAAAAAAGCAGUUUACGUAUUUUCGCUGCUUGCUGGAUCUAAGGGGAAUAGUGUAGUCGGCGUUGUUGAUGUUACUGAUGGAGAUACAGUUGGGCAGACAACAUUUAGUCUGGAAGGCAGAAAUAAAGACGACUUCAGCAUAAACGACGAUGGUGUUUUGACAUCAAAAGUGGAUUUAACAAGAGGCCGUUUCCCUUCCGAGAUCCCCCUCCGGGUCAAGGCUUAUGAUGGCGUAUCUUACUCUGAGGAAGCCAACAUCACUGUCUAUCUCAUCUCCUACACCAUUAAUGCAGUCAACCUCAACAAGACAUUCCAUGGCAGAGUCAGUGAAAACAGUACCGGAGCAUUUGUGGCCAAUGUAGCAGUGUCAAACUAUACCGGCUACAAAUUUCCAAAUCCUCAGGCUGACAGAUUCUUCAGCCUAAAUUCUACGUCUGGGAACGUCACAACAACUAUUGGCCUAGACCGAGAGAACGACGACCAGGCGUAUACUGCAUUCACCAUUCAGGCUUACCUGGAUAGUGGCGACCAGUGCUCCCCUGUGACGAUUGGUCAACUCAUUACGAAUAUAACAGACGUGAACGACAAUGCGCCAGAAUUCUCUAGUCCUUCUUAUACAGGAAGAGUAAAAGAAAACUCCAUUCCAGGAACCCUGGUUGUUGGUUUGGUGGACAUAGCUGUUACCGACGAAGACGCUGGAGUGAAUGGUUCUGUAAACUUCGCUUUAACGGGACCUGGGAAGACCUAUUUUGCUGUUGAGAAAUUGAAUCACAACCAAUUCACAAUAAAAACCAGCGGAACCCCGAUUGAUAGAGAAUUCGAAGUAACUCCAUACGUAGUCCUGACAUUAACUGGAACAGACAAUCCAUCUAAUCCUAACACAGGCACCACUGCACUCAACAUCACAAUCAUGGAUGUCAACGACAAUGCACCACAGUUCAACGGCGGGUCGACCGUAUUUUGGGUGGAAGAAAACGUUGGACCAAAGACUAUCACAACGUUAACAGCCACAGACAGGGAUGAAGGCCUCAAUGCAAAGGUAUCAUACUCAUUGAAAGAUGGGGGAUUUGGUUUCUUCCAAGUUAACGAAAGCACUGGCGAAGUAUCGACAAUCAAGGCAAUAGACAGAGAAAAAAGGAAAGUCUUCAACCUGAUCAUCGAAGCAAAGGACCAAGGGUCGCCUUCUCUAGAAUCAGAGUUGAAUAUUACCGUCAAUAUUCGUGAUGUAAACGAUGAAAAGCCUACAUUUACGGAGAAAUACUACAAGGGUUCUUAUACGGAAAAUAGUCCAUGUGACAGAAGCAUCCUAACAGUGUCGGCAACAGACCACGACGAAGGAAUCAAUGCCAGCAUCACGUUCUCAACAACAAGUUCUAACUUUACAGUCAAUAACACCACUGGCGCAAUUGGAUGUGCGAUUCCUCUUGACUAUGAAGAAAUGCAGCAACAUCUGAUAGAAAUAAAAGCAGAGAACCCAGGGUUUCCCACAAUGAGCGACACAGUAAAAGUUGAGAUAAACGUUGAAGACGAAAAUGACAACAGUCCACGUUUUGAUAAACCCAACUAUCAGUCUGAGAUAACAACUUGGGAGUGGGUAACCAACAACCCUGUUGAUGUUUUUGAAGUCACGGACGAUGACUCUGGAACGAAUGGCCUUAUUAUACUCUCCAUGAGUGGGGAGACGGACAAAUUCUACAUUGAUGGAGACACUGUAGGUGUGUUACGCAUCAAAGAGGGCGCAAGUCAACCCGUUGCUUCCACAACAUAUAACUUUGAUGUUACAGCCACAGAUAAAGGUUCUCCAUCGCUAAGUGUCACAGUCCCAGUAUCAGUUGAUGUGAAGAAAAUACAAGGCAAUAGUACUGUACGGUUCAGUUCUAAAGACUAUACGUUUUCAAUUGUGGAGAACCGAUUAUAUACCACAUCUUUCGGAAGAGCAAAUGCUGCUCAUGACGCCAACGUGUCAGUUCACUAUACCUUAAUCCAUGGCGGGGAUUUCCGUAUUGAUCCAAGUAGUGGAGCGUUGACUUGCAGUAAAGCACAGGAUCGAGAGACAGUAGCAAAUCAUACCAUGGUCGUUCGUGCCAGGGAUAUCACCACUAACGCCUCGGACGUGGCUGUUGUAACAGUUCAAAUUUUGGAUGUAAAUGACAAUAGACCAAUAUUUCUGGCAUCUUCUGGACAGCUCGUCUUUCAAGUUAAGGAAAAUUCUACUGGCAAGGAGAUCGGACGCAUCAUUGCCAAAGAUGGGGAUGCAGAUGAAAAUGGAACAAUAACGUACAGCAUUGUAUCGCAGACACCUCGGACACAUUUCUCGAUAAAUCCUGGAAACGGCAUGGUCACUGUUUCGGGAGAUCUAGACAGAGAAGAUUAUGAUACAUACAACUUAAUCAUCAAGGCGACAGACAAUGGCGAUGCUCCGAGAACUGCAACAACAAGUGCGACUAUCCUUGUCCUGGAUAUCAACGACAAUCCCCCGACAUUCCAAACAACGUAUGCAGUGACAGUAAAGGAAGAUAGUGCCAUUUCCGCAUCGGUGGAGACAGUGAGUGCGACUGACGGAGACUUGGGGCAGCAUGGUGCAAUUGCAUACACUUCUAACACCGUAAUGGUGAACCAAACUGUCUGUCCAUUCAAUGUGUCAGUGGACACUGGAGUCGUGAAAGUGAGCAGCGACCUCGACUAUGAGACGACUUCAACAUAUGAAUGCAUUGUGACUGCUGUGGACAUGAAGGGAUGCAGCAGUUGCACAGGACGUCUCACUGGAUCGACAACAAUGUCCGUCACCAUCCUGGAUUUCAACGACAACCCACCGGUGUUUCAGGGGGCGCCGUACCGAGCCAACAUAUCAAGAGACGCUAACAUCAACACUCUCGUCACUGACGUCAUCACCGCAACUGACAGGGACAGCACCAUGGACGGCAAUGGAGUCGUUAAAUACCAUAUGUUUUCAAACAUCAACUACUUCAGGAUUGAUCGAAAUUCAGGAAGAAUAUACGUGGCUACAGCCCUAGACAAACUGAAUGAUGAUGAGGUCACUCUGAGGAUCAAAGCGACAGAUCUACCCCAAAAAGACCCUGCUAUGGAAGCAAUCACAAACAUUACUAUUUCCAUCCUGACCGAUGAGCCGCGACCAUUCUUCACAAAAACAUACACCUUCCUGCUGACGGAGAAUGAGAAGCCUGAUGACGAUAAACCGGUGUCCAUUAGAGCCUAUGUGCGAAGGCCGAGUGAAGAAGAGUGUAACUGCACCUAUGAUUUAAUAGGUUCAGAUAAUUCGAGCUUUUACAUAGACAGUAUGACUGGAGACUUGAAACAAAAGUACAUGAUUGACCGCGAAAAAACAGGCAGUCGUUUUUAUGUGAAAGUGAAGGCGACAGACCGACGCAGCCUUUUUUAUAGGACAACAGAUGUUGAAGUGAACGUUAAAGAUGUUAACGACAACUUACCCUACUUCAACAACACCCAGCAGAACUUCAUAGUAAAUCAGAGUGCUCCAGCUGGGCAUGUGAUCGGGAGAGUGAUGUCGGUAGACGCUGAUGAACUCAGUCACCCCAUAUACACAGCCUUUACUGAUGUUGAUGGCAUCGAACUGCUGGGUGAUGGAACUCUUGUUGUGAGGGCUCAUCUGUCGAGCUACACAACGGUUGAUAUGAUAGUGAGUGUGACAGAGGGCAACUUUACAGGACCAAUCAAUAUAUUGGCAGUAACUACAACAAAGGUCUCCAUAGAAGUGCGACCAGACGAUUACAUUGAACAUGCUCCCGUAUUUGGAAAAGCAACAACCACCCCAACGCCAUCAACGUGCGACCCCAUGACAGAUGCCUCUCUGGACGAGGACUGCUCAAACGCGCGAUGUGUGGCCGUAAACAGCUCGUGUGUGACGACGUCAGCGGGAAGCCGCAGAUGUGCCUGUGCUAACAAGAACGUGCAGAUAUCAGCUACAGAAUGCUCAAUGGGACCAAGUGUUCUGUCAAGUACCAAAAACUACAUCUUCUCCACAGAUCUAUCUAGAACGCCAGUAACUGUGGGAUCAAUCAUGUUUGAUGGGCUUAGUACAUUCCCCACAAAUACCUUCUCCAUAGAAGGCGAAGUAUAUCCUGAUGAGGGAAUCCUGGACCUAAAGAGAAACUCGAGGCUCAUUGAUGUGGCACUGGUCAAGGAAAUAAGCAGUGCUAAAACAUUUGUGGUAGCGUUACGAGCAGCUUCCAGUGAGUUCACUGUGCAGCAGGUUGUGACCGUCAGGAUCAAGUCCUCCUCCUUCACACCAGAAGACGUCACAGUUAUGUUGGUGGAGGGAACCAGGAAAGGCACGCUGAUAGCUGACGUGAGGACUAUUGGUAGUUUGGGAGGGUACAGCAACUUCGAAAUGGAGACCACAGAUCAGACAGCAAGGGCCCUGUUCAAUGUGACCAUAUCGGGGCAGGUUCUUUGUGGACAAGAUAUGUUUUUGAGUGACUUUACCAAUAACGAUACAGUAGCUAAAGAAUAUAUAUUCAGUGUCAAAGCGACAAAUGGAGGACAGAGAGCAACAACUGCAACCUUUUACAUCUUGUUAUUCAAGAGUACUUUUACAACAACGUUUAGAGAAAAUUGGACAGGCAAAAUCUUGAGCUAUACCAUAACAAGCCCUAAGUUCGAGGUAGCCAUAAUUGACACGCUUCCAGAUGGACUAGCAAAAAGCUUGACAGGCGUAAGGCUGGAGAAGGCAAUUGACUAUGAUGCUGGUGUCAGAAAUAUUGAUUUUAAACUUGAUCUAGUCACGACGAACAGUACAAAGUCAACUACAGUUGAUGUCCAUAUUAAAAUUGAAGAUCUAAAUGACGAACCUCCGAAACUUAAAAAAGCAGUUUACGAAUUCUCGCUUUUUGCUGGAUCUAAGAGGAAUAGUAUAGUCGGCGUUGUUGAUGUCACUGAUGGAGAUACAGUUGGACGGACAGCUUUCGAUUUGGACGGCGAAAAUAAAGGCUACUUCAGCAUAAACGACGAUGGUAUUUUGACAUCAAAGGUGGAUUUAACAAGAGGUAAGUUCCCCUCCACAAUCACUCUACGUGUCAAGGCUUAUGAUGGAGUAACCUACUCUGAUGAAAGCACCAUCACUGUCUAUCUCAUCUCUUACACCAUUCAUGGAAUCAACCUCAACAAGACCUUCCUUGGCAGAGUCAGUGAAAACAGCCCCAAUGGAACAUAUGCUGCUAACGUCUCAGUGUCAAACUAUACAGAUUUCAAAUUUGCAAACCCACGGGCUCAAGGAUUCUUCAACCUCAAUCCAGCAUCUGGGAUCGUCACAACAGCUAUUGGUCUAGACCGAGAGAACGACGACCAGGCAUACACUGAAUUCACCAUUCAGGCUUACAUGGAUAGUGGUGACCAGUGCUCCCCUGUGACGAUUGGUCACCUGAUUACGAAUGUAACCGACGAGAACGACAAUGCGCCACAGUUUUCCAGACCCUUUUAUACAGGAAGAGUGAAAGAAAACUCCACUUCAGGAACACUGGUUGAUGAUUUGGUGGACAUAGUUGUUACCGACGAAGACAGAGGAGUGAAUGGUUCUGUAAACUUCGCUUUGACGGGUUCUGGGAAAACCUAUUUUGCUGUUGAGAAAUUGAAUCACAACAAAUUCACCAUAAAAACCAGCGGAACCCCGACUGAUAGAGAAGUAACUCCAUAUGUAGUCCUGACAUUAACUGGAACAGACAAUCCAUCUAAUCCUAACACAGGCACUACUACACUCAACAUCACAAUCAUGGACGUCAACGACAAUGCACCACAGUUCAACCGCGGGAGGACCGUAUUUUGGGUGGAAGAAAACGUUGGACCAAAGAUUAUCACUACGUUAACAGCCACAGACAAGGAUGAAGGCCUCAAUGCAAAGAUAUCAUACUCAUUGAAAGAUGGGGGAUUUGGUUUAUUCCAAAUUGACGAAAUCACUGGCGAAGUAUCGACAAUCAAGGCAAUUGACAGAGAAAGCAGGAAAGUCUUCAACCUGUCCAUCGAAGCAAGGGACCAAGGGUCGCCUUCUCUAGAAUCAGUAUUGACAGUUACCAUCAAUAUUCGUGAUGUAAACGAUGAAAAGCCUACAUUUACAAAGAACUCCUACAAAAGUUAUAAUAAGGAAAAUAGCCCAUGUGACAGAAACAUCCUAACAGUGACAGCAAUAGACCAGGACGAAGGCAGCAAUGCCAACAUCACGUUCUCAACAACAAGUUCCAAAUUUACAGUCGAUCCAAUAUCUGGGGCCAUUAGAUGUAUGAUUCCUCUUGACUAUGAAGAAAUGCGGCAACAUCUGAUAGAAAUAAAAGCAGAGAACCCAGGGUUUCCCAAAAUGAGUGACACAGUAACAGUUGAGAUAAACGUUGAAGACGAAAAUGACAACAGUCCACGUUUUGAUAAACCCAACUAUCAGUCUGAGAUAACAACUUUGGAGUGGGCAACCAACAACCCUGUUGAUGUUUUUGAAGUCACGGAUGAUGAUUCUGGAACGAAUGGCCAAUUUAGGUUCUCCAUGAGUGGGGAGACGGACAAAUUCUACAUUGAUGGAGACACUAUAGGUGUGUUACGCAUCAAAGAGGGCGCAAGUCAACCCAAUGCUUACACAACAUAUAACUUUAACGUUACAGCUAUAGAUAAAGGUUCUCGGUCGCUAAAUGUCUCCGUCCCAGUAUCAGUUGUUGUGAAGAAAAGUCAAGGCAAUAGUACUGUACGGUUCAACUAUACAGAUUUUAUAUUUUCAAUUGAGGAGGAGAAGGUAUAUAACACAUCUUUCGGAAGAGCAAAAGCUUCUUAUGACGCCAGCGUGACAGUUAGCUAUACCCUUAUCCAUGGGGGUGAUUUCCGUAUUAAUAAUAGUAGUGGGGCGCUGACUUGCAGUAAAGCACAGGAUCGUGAGACAGCAGCAAAGCAUACCAUUGUCGUUCGUGCCAGGGAUCCCGCCACUAACGCCUCGGACGUGGCUGUUAUAACAGUUAUAGUUUCGGACAUAAAUGACAAUGCACCAACAUUUCGGGCAUCUACUGAACAGCUCGUGUUUAGUGUUCAGGAAAACUCUCCGGGCAAGGAGGUCGCACGCAUCGUGGCCGAUGAUAGGGAUGUCGGUGAAAAUGGAACAAUAACGUACAGCAUUGAAUCACAGAUACCUCGGACACAUUUCUCCAUAAAUCCUGAAAACGGCACGGUCACUGUUUCUGGACAUCUAGACAGAGAAGCCUAUGACACCUACAACUUAAUUAUCAAGGCAACAGACAAUGCAGAUGCUCCGAGAACUGCAACAACAAGUGCGACUAUCCUUGUCGAUGAUAUCAACGACAAUCCCCCCACAUUCCAGACACUGCAUGCAGUGACAGUAAAGGAAGAUAGUGCCAUUUCCGUAUCGGUGGCGACAGUUAGUGCGACUGACAGGGACUAUGCACAGCAUGGUAAAGUUACCUAUUUCCCUGACACCGUAAUGGUGAACGGAACUGUCUGUCCAUUCAAAGUGUCAGUUGAGACUGGAGUCGUGAAAGUGAGCGGCGACCUCGACUAUGAGACGACUUCCACAUAUGAAUGCAUUGUGACUGCUGUGGACAUGAAGGGAUGCAGCAAUUGCACAGGGCGUCUCACUGGAUCGACAACUAUGUCCGUCACCAUCCUUGAUUUCAACGACAACCCACCGGUGUUUCAGGGGGCCCCGUACCGAGCUAACGUAACAAGAGACGCUGACAUCAACACUCUCGUCACUGACGUCAUCACUGCAACUGACAGGGACGACACCAAGGACGGCAAUGGAGUCGUUAAAUACCAUAUUUUAUCAAGCGUAGAUUACUUCGAAAUUGAUCGUGAUUCAGGAAGUAUAUACGUGGCUUCAACCCUAGACACAGUGAAUGAUGAUGUGGUAACUCUGAGGAUCAAGGCGACAGAUCUACCCCAAAAAGACCCUGCGAUGGAAGCAAUCACAAACAUUACUAUUUCCAUCCUGACUGAUGAGCCACGACCAUUCUUCACAAAAACAUACACCUUCAUGCUGACGGAGAAUGAGAAGCCAGAUGAAGAUAAAGCGGUGUCCAUUAGAGCUUCUGUGCGAAGGGCGAGUGAAGAAGAGUGUAACUGCACCUAUGACUUAAUAGGUUCAGAUAAUUCGAGCUUUUACAUAGACAGUAUGACUGGAGACUUAAGACAAAAGGACCCAAUAGACCGCGAAAAAACAGGCAGUCGCUUUUAUGUGAGAGUGAAGGCGACAGACCGACGCAGCCUUCUUUAUAGGACAACAGAUGUUGAAGUGAACGUUAAAGAUGUUAACGACAACUUACCCUACUUCAACAACACCCAGCAGAACUUCACAGUAAAUCAGAAUGUUUUGGUUGACCAUGUGAUCGGAAGAGUGAUAUCAGUAGACGCUGAUGAACUCAGUCACCCCAUAUACACAGCCUUUGAUGUUGAGGGAAUCGAACUGCUGGGUGAUGGAACUCUGGUAGUGAGGGCUUCUCUGUCGAACUACACCGUGGUUAACAUGUUUGUCAGUGUCAAAGAGGAGAACUUCAGAGGAUCAAUCAGCAAAUUGCCAGCAACUACAACAAAGGUCCACAUAGAAGUGCUACCAGACAAUCACAACGAACAUACUCCCGUAUUUGGAAACGAUGCUUAUGGAGCAUCAUUGGAGUUUUCAUCUGAAACUGGUACAGAAGUUAAGAUUACCAACUUCCGGGCAACGGACGCCGACGGCCACAAUGUUACAUACGCCAUACAAACAAGAAAUGAUAGGAAUAACCUCGAGAUCGACAGUCAGACCGGGAAAAUAUCUGUUCACAUUAAACUUGACGACACAGUGCCCCGAGUCUUAGAACUAGUUGUAAUCGCCAUCGACAGAAGUCUCCACCCGAAGACUGGAUCGUGUACAGUUAUGAUAACCCUACAUGGAUAUACAGAAACAGAAUGUGUAGCUAAACACGAAUAUUCACGUCUAGAACAGGACUCAGAUCAGAGAAAGGUGUUCCUUGGGUUAUUCAUUGCUAUGGCAAUCCUACUUGCAGUGGUCAGCAUUAGUGCAGUUUUUGCUAUAUACAAGUGGAGGACAGUAAAACGUAGAACACUGUAUCAGGAAAAUAUCAAUAUGGCUCAUGGUAAAACAACAAAAGCAUCAGAACAAUCUGGAUAUGACUUACUAGCUGCGGGCAGCAAAGAUGAAGAAACAGCAUACAACAAACUCAAAGACAGAGAUUUCUCAUCCGGUGUUCCAAACCCAUCAUAUGUGUCGUCAGGUCCAAGGCCUAUUUGCACGCCCCCAGCAGAGCCCGUUCCUGACUAUGAUGGUGCUGAAGACAUUCAGAUAUAAAAUAUACCUUUAUUCCCUCUGGAGAAAUUGGCUCAAAGGUGGGUCUUGAUGGUAUUGCUGUUGGAAGAGAUGACAUCUAUGCUGGCUCUGAAUCCUAUAAUUUAUUCACCUGAAAAAGGAGUUAGCAUAUAUUCUGAAACGUUGUGUUCUUCAUAAUAAAGAAGUUGAUACCCAUAGAAUCCUCUCUCUUAUGUGUAUCACUUCUAAAUGCCAUUCAAAGACUAAAACAUGAAUGAAUCACUGAACAACACGUUUCAAAGCAGUGAUACAUGUUAAGGUCUUCCCUAAACAAUAACCAGUUUUAGCAAAUGAGAAACAUUGUUUUCCACAAAAGAAAGGAGUAAUGUCUAUACUUGUUAUAAUCUCCAGUUAACAAUGAACCACUAUGUCUUAAACGUGAAUGUGCUUUGUUCUGUUUAUAUAUGGUAAUGCGUUGUAGUGUUUUCAAGUGUUUUUUUCUGUUUACAGUAAAUAGCUUCAUAAUAGUGUAUUCAUCACUCUUGGAAUUUCUUCGUCAUGACAACUGUAAUCUCAAUAGAAAUAUUGAGACAUCGUCUCCUCGAUGCUGGAACCGACUUUCGUAGCGUUUUGAAAACAGAACCGUCGAGAUAAAAACGUUUCAUCUGUUUGACUCUUACAAGUAUAUUUGAUAUGAUAUUUGAUAUUUGAUUUUUUCACAAAAUUGUAAUGUUAUAUUCAUUGAUCAUAUGUUCAUCGCUCUUCACAUUUGAACUGUUUUAAGUACCAUUGCCAACUGCAUACAGUAUGACUUGAGUUAGCUUUUAAACAUGGAAUGUGUAUCAGUUUUAGUUCAUGUUGUUUGAUAUUGAAUAAAACAUUUUCGUUUAACA